AUGGCGAUGCACGAAUGCGAGGCAUAUUGGCAGGAUUUCCUGCGUCGUCCGAAGGAGCAACGCCAGUUGCGUGAAGAGCAGAAAAAUGUACAGAAGGAAACGGCUUCCCGUAUGGCGGCGCAGAAAGCUGCAAAAGUUGCGGAAAUUGAAACCGCCUUAGGUGCCUGUACACCCGAACAGCAGGACCUCCUGCGACCGAUAUUUAAAUAUCCCGGCAUUUUGGAACGUUUGCAUGACUGUUUGGUUCAAGCGGAGAGAAACCCGAGUUUAUUUAGUGAAAAAAUUCAAACAGAUGAAGCUCUAAAUGCCCUCAUUCGGGAGAAAGCAGAAGAAUUCAAACAAAACCCCAAAGCGUUCGCCCUGCAGGAGCAGCAGCUGCAACAGCUACACGAGGAAGCGACAAGGGGGUUGGAUGCAGCAGAAAUGGAGUAUUUAAACCAAAGGACUUGGAAGGACCUUCCGCAAGCAGAACUCGCGGAGAGAAUGUCUAAGGGAGAGAUCUGCCCUAGAGAUGAAUGGAUACCCGGCAUAUCAAAGGGGAAGCGCCCGCUAGAAGGAGGAGCGCUCGAGGAGCAUCUUUCAUUCGGAGAUCGUCUGUCUCUUGAAGGGCGUCAGGCGUAUGCUGCUGGAGACUACGAGACAGCGUUUAUGAGAUUUAAACAGGGUAUUGAAUUGCUUAAUUGGGUGGAGGCGAGGGACAAAGAAAAUCAACAAAAAAGAAUUGAUGAAGCAUUUUCACUCUUUCUUAAAAAUGCUGCACAGGCCGCCAUACAACUCGGAAAAUAUCAAGAAGCCAUACGGGCGUGCACAACUGUUAUUCAGGAGAUCGAUGAGCAUGACUCCAAAGCGCGGUAUAGGCGAGGCAAGGCGUAUUUGUUGUUGGGUAUGACGAAGAGCGCUAAGGAUGACUUUAUGUUUAUUUUAAAGAGCCCUUAUUCUACGAAUGAAGGAGUGCAUGCAGCGCGGUUGGGGCUGCAAGAGCUGCGAAGUGUUGUAAAUAAGAACGAAAUCGAAGCUAAAAGAACUCUGCACAGAGGCAUCAGCGGCUGUUUGUUCUCUCAAGGGAGAAAUACAUCAAAAGAAACAGACAACUUAAACAUAGCAGCAGAUAAAGAGUCAGAAAAAUACGAAGAAGAUAAGCCCCAACUGCAGUCUCACCUGCUGCAUGCAGACGAUGAACAUGCAGAAGAAUUCAGGCUGCCUCCGAGCAAAGCAACAGAACACACAUUCAACGAAAAAAUAAAACAAAGAAACCCUAAAAGAUUUAUUUAUGAAGACGAAGAUAUCAGCGAUCAGGCAACAACCCCAGAAGCAGAAACUAGAAAAGGAAAAGAAAAUAAAGCGGAGGGGCCGCCCCUCAGUCUGGAGAAGACGCGAAAUAUCCUCAUCGACUUCCUCGAUGCUUACACUUCUGAGCCCGUGGCGUCAAAGUUGAGAGAACUGCGGAGUUUAGCGGACUUCGACUAUAAACGAGUGAUCAUCCGCUGCAGAAAAUAUCUCCCAGAGGUGCAGAGACCGAUCUUGCAGAAACACGGAGUAGGCACCAGCAGCAGCAGCAGCAGCAGCAGCAGCAGCAGUGAUAGCCACCGCUGCAGCAUGCGUCUGUUAGAGAAGAGCGUUUCUUUCUGGAGGUUCAGAGAUGAAGCCAUCGAAGAACUUACGCGAGACUGUCUGCAGGCUGUCUUCGGUGAUGUUGCAGAUAUUGAUGCAUGA